CCCGUAUGUUCCGGGAACGUCUUUCUCUAAUUAUAUAGAAAGAUUGGAAUAUUUCUUCUCAUGCAAUAAUAUUGCGGAAGAUAAGAAGAAGGAUCUUUUUCUGAGUUUUUGUGGCAUGGUAGUUUUCGAUGAGAUAAAGCUACUUUUUCCGGCCGUUGAUUUAAAAACUUUAAGCUAUGAGGACAUUUCUAAGAAAUUAAAGGAAAGAUACGAUAAGAAAGAUUCGGAGUUGCAUGCGUAUUGCAGAUUUAUUAACAGAAAGCAGGGACCCAACGAAUCAAACGAAAAUUUUAUUUUGGCGGUUAAGCUAUUGGCUGAAGCGUGUGAAUUUGAUGGCUACCGAGACAGAGCCAUCAGGAAUAAGCUGGUAAUGGGGGUCCUGGAUAAAGAUCUCAGAAGAAGGUUGUUCAAUGAAGAGAAUUUAACUUUGAAGACGACUGAGAGGAUGCUGAAAAGCUCCGAAAGGAAUUUAGAUAACGACCGAUUUAUGGAUGCAGAGAAUAUUAAUUCGGUAAAAUUUAGGUUAGGUGAUAGACAGGAACGACGGGAUUCAAGAGGCCUAGAAAGAAGAUCAACUUUUAGAGGCAGGUCACAAAGUCGGGACUUUGGUAGGUCCGAAAGAUAUAAUCCGUUCAACAGAUCACCAUCAGGAAGCCGUUUCAAGUCGAAAGGCCGCUAUGCAAAUUUCAAAUGCAACUAUUGUGGCGAGAUGGGUCAUGUAUGGAAAUCGUGUUUUGAAAGGAAGAGGAAACAGAGAAGCAUGGUCAAUUUUGUUGAUGAUAAGCCUAGAGAGACGCCCAGGGAGAACGUUCACGACUAUUUUAAGAGACUGAGGGUCGACUACAGCAGCAGCGAUGAGUCAGAUUGCUCUGGGAGCGCACGUGAUCUCGGCCCACAGGGGGCAGAUCAAAAGAGCGCAAACUGAACCAAGGCGCAAUGCGGCGCUUCAGCUCCAGGCUCAGGAUAACUCAGCAACAAAUUUUAGCACAAG